CUUGCUCCCCACAUCCUCUCAUCUGUCACACUGGAAGGUCCCCGCGUGGUUGUCCUCUCCUCCCUCUACUCCCCCUCCCUCCUCUCCCUCCGUCCUCCUCGUCUCCUUUGGGCCACACGUUUACAGGUGUCAGCGGCCACUCUGGGUCCUCUCACUGGGUACCUCACGACAGCCGACACAGAACGCCGCUCCGCCAGCUUAUAGUUUCGUUUCCCGUGGCGACGCUCUCACACACUCGCGCGCCCGCUGCACUGAACGUGGUAUCCAAUCCCUCCUCUCACGCCAGGACCCCAAGCAUCCCCUUUCCCCAGCAGGAGAUAAGACUACCACCACCACCACCACCUUCCGCCACCAUCACCACCACCUCUUCCUCCUCCUCCACCACUACCAGCACCACCACCACCACCACCUCCAUGCUGACCACCAUGUCGUUCCCGGAGGCAAUAGUGACGUCAUCAUGUGGGCGGGAGGAGGCGGAGCUGAAAGUGGGAGUGGGCGGGACCUUAGGACUAGCCACGCCCCCCGCCCACACCCCUGACGCCUCAACAAGACUCACCACCACUACCACGGCCUCGUCCACCACCACCACCACCCACCACCACCACCACCACCCGCCUGCUGACCUCCCCGCCCUCACCGCAGACCUUCUCCCUCAGGAUAACCUCGCAGACUCCCCUCCAAUAUUCUCUCCCCCUGCGUCAGCCACCCCUGUCUACUCCCCAGUGUCUCCCUUCAGCGGCAGAGCAGAUACCAAUUACUUUUUCCCGUGCGGUCCUUCAUCCCACCUCUUCCCGCCCUCCGCCUCCUCCACGCUCUCCACCGCCGGAAGGAGCUCCCCAGAGACAGAGAUCAUCAAGAGUAACCUCCUCGGCUCAAGGCUCCGCGACAAGAGAUACGAUUCUGUGGCAGAGUCUGAGGGAGGUUCCGCGUCUGAUUGCACGGAAGGGGAACGCUCGCCCACGCAGAGUAUUGGCCUAUACCACACUGGUCACCCACACGCCCGCACGCCCACACACUCCACACCGCCGGCCGCCAUGACCACCACCGCCACCACCGCUCACUCCACGAGGCUGGUGUAUUCCCCCGAGCUGGAGCGGGAGGCGUUCCCAGGGGUGCGGCACCACCAACCCCUGGACGUGUUAGAAAUGGACAUGCCUUCCUAUGACAGCAUGUACGGCAUGAGGGGCGGCACGUACGCGCCCACCAUGCAGGACGCCACCGGCGCGCCCGCCAACAUGUGGACGCAGCAAGCAGCGCAGGAGUACGGCAUGCAGGAGCUCAACACCAUAAAGACGUCCUCGCCAACACCGCCUCUUAACUUCACUCAGAGGAUGUACAGCACGGGCCAGGUCCACCAGCGGCAGCCCUGCUCCCUGCCCAACACAACCCCCCUGCCGGCACUCAACCAGCUUCAACCCCAGGCGCCUCUGCCUCGCACCGCCCUUGGCUAUGGAGGGUAUGACAUGACUGGGGCUGGGGCGUCCGCAACUGACUCCUACUACGGCACACAGCAUGUCCGCAACGCCCUCAAAGUGGCGGAGGGCGGCGGGCUGCGGGACUCAGACUGGGAGUGCCGUGAGUGUGCCAACUGCGGCGUGUCCCACACACCCCUGUGGCGCCGAGACUCCAUCACGGGCCACUACCUCUGCAACGCCUGCGCCCUCUACACCCGCACCAACGGCGUCAACAGGCCCCUCGGCAGGACCCCCACGCGCCGCCCAUCUGGGCAGCGGCGGUCCAGCCAGAUCUGUACCAACUGCCACACCACGGUCACCUCCCUGUGGCGCCGCAACAGCCAAGGCGACCCGGUGUGCAAUGCAUGCGGUCUGUACUUCAAGCUGCAUAACGUGAACCGACCCAUCACCAUGAAGAAGGAGAGCAUUCAGACAAGAAAAAGGAAAUCCAAGAAUAGGAAUGACGGCAAACAGUCCUCCACUACCACCACCACCACCACCUCUUCCUCCUCCUCCUCCGCCUCCUCCACCACCUCCUCUUCUGCUACGAUUGGCAUCAGCACCACCUGCACUACUUCAUCCUCCUCCUCCGCUAAUUCCACAACCUCUUCCUCCUCCACUGUCCCCGCCACCAGCUCCUCCACCGCCACCAUCUCCUCCUCCAAGUACCAGCCGUCCUCCUCGCCCUCAGCCAGCCUAUUCACCAUCAAGACGGAGCCGUCCCUGACCUACCCCGCCAUGUACAGCACCGGCUCCCCGUCCUCGCCCUACGGCCAGCACGUGUCCUCGCCCGCCGCUUCUUCGACCUCCCUGCUGGGCGCCAACAUCCCGUCCCUGCUGCCCACCUACUCCCUGCCCAGCGUGAAGACUUCCCCCACCUCGGUGUCCGCGGCGGCAUCGUUGCCUUACGGCGUGAAGGACGAACCCUUGUCUCCCCGAGCCAGCAGCGGUCUGGCCGACCUUCCCAGCUUAGCCCAGACCCACCCCGUCCCCCACCAAGUGGUAGGGGCCACCAGUGUCGCCACGCGCGGCGCCGCCAUGCAGGGGGCUUCCGUGGGCCAGGUCCAGCUGCCCAUCUCCGUGUCCGCCGCCUCUGGCCUCUCCUCUGUGCCCCACUACGCCUCCCCGGGGAUGAUGCUGCCCCACAUCGUGGCAUCAGGCACCCUGGGUGCCGGCCUGCAGGGGCACCCCUCCCCCCUGUCCCCCACAACGCACUCCCUGGAGCACCUCUCAUGGAAGGGAAAGUGAACAGGCAGCCCCGCGCUGGCCGGGCGCCGCCACAGCUUCGGGGCGGCGCGGUGCUUGUCUGCUGACCUCUACUGGUUCUAGAGGGAGACUCCAGGCCGGUGCGGCGCGCGGAGGGCAGCAGUAUGGCUGAGCGAGCCGCUGACUCCCUGAGGAGCCCAGGCCCCCAGUGUGAGGCUGCGGGGCCGUGCUUCACCUACCCGCGGCCUGCUGGGGCUGUGGCACGAGGUGGCGCAGUCACCACCACCACCACCACCACCCCACAACCACUACCACCGCCACACUACCACCACUGCCACCACCAAUUCCAUUACUUCCAUCCCCACCACGUCAAGAAGUUAGAGAUUAUAUGAAAUUCGCCAGAGAUUGAGAGAGAGAGAGAGAGAGAGAGAGAGAGAGAGAGAGAGAGAGAGAGAGAGAGAGAGAGAGAGAGAGAGAGAGUUUCAAGUGGCCGGAAAGUGCAACUCUAAAUACAGUUCAAGUGUUUCACUGUGUGUGUGUGUGUGUGUGUGUGUGUGUGUGUGUGUGUGUGUGUGUGUGUGUGUGUGUGUGUGUGUGUGUGUGUGUGUGUAGCCCGCGCACAUGACUGUUAGCGUUUUUAUAAAGCCAAAUUGUGAAGCUUCCAUUUAACAGUUAAUUUAUUUGUGAGCGAUUUUAACUUGAAUAUCAGCAAGCUUCCACCUUUCAUAAUAAGUCCCUGAGGCUUACCCUUGUCUUGCCCCGUGACAGAGUGGUGGUAGUGGUGGUGGUGGUGGUGGUGGUGAGGCGUGUGUUAUUUUGGGAGUUGUGAGAGAGAAGCAGAUUUAUUGCCUACUUUUGUUUUAAGGUUUAGUAAGUCUUUAGUGAGAUGAUGAUGAUGAUGCUGAUGAUUUUUCAAGCCUAGCUCGCUAAGUGAAGUGAUUGCACCCGCCAUGACCCAAGCAUUAGUCGUACCUCCUGUAGCAUAACACGUCACGGAUUACUUUCCCCGUUGAGUGAGUAGCGACAAUCAUGGCGGGCUGGGCAGACUCGCCUUGUGAGUGGUGGGUCCGUGUUCUGAGACACUCUGCUCUCUCACCACGACUAUUUUCAAAGGCCACAGAGAUGAUUAGCCUGGUUCUCAAGAGUGUUUCUCCUGUUAAUAAUGUAUAAAUCUUGUUAAUCUAUCACUAGAACCAUAAAAACACCCUUAAAAACUAGUGUAACUUCAACUAGAGCCUCUUGAAAGUAGUGGAGGUGCGGCGCAGAAGUGUUUCAGAAUGUGGUGCCUGGGGCGGCAGAGGGCUUGGCGUGCCGCGUAGGAGGGCAUGACAUAGCGUAGUGUUCUAGUCUGUAGGUUAUGUGUUAAGUCUUUGCGUUGUUCGUUGUUCGUUCGGUCCAAGAGUCUCUGUGGCGUGUCUUCAACUGUGUUUUCCCACCCGAGGCCCGGCCACCGCGGCCACUCAUGUGCUGAAUUUUGGUGCUACAGAGCGGAGGUGGGGAGUGGACCCGCGGGGAUCCACGCUGCAGAACACUGGGCAAGCUGAUUAAGACCUUAUGGCCUAGCGUAUAGCGACGAGUCAAGCCAAGACCCGACCUAAUAUCACCUGACCUGACCUGAUGUAACCCAAUUCAACAUGAACGACAAAAGUAACUCAACCUAACCUCACAUAUAGAAGUGAGGAGUCAAACCUAACAUGACCUGACCUGACCUGAUGUAAUCAGACUUAAUAUGAAAUAGCUUACCUUAAACGAAGCUAACUUAGCCUAACCUGACGGCCACACGCACAGCAGUGAUGCAGGAAGACUGGCCAGCUGGGAGACCAUUCACGUAAUACAAACAUAACGGUAGAGGCCUUGAUGCAAUAGCGAGUUGUUAAUUUGGUGCUGAACCCAUACAGCUGAAUAAUAAUAAUAAUAAUAAUAAUAUAAUAAUAAUAAUAAUAAUAAUAAUAAUAAUAAUAAUAAUGAUAAACGAUUAUGGUUGAACACUUAUUUACCAAGAGAUACAUAAUACUUGAUAAAUAAACCAGGCAACUGAAGAACACCCUUGUUAGUUACAGUUAGCCAGCUAUUUUGGUCACAAGCAAGAAGGGUUAUUACACGUUUACAAGCAAUUGGGCCGAGUGGUAGUUCAGUAAUUUAAACCGUUUCAAAAGAGGAGCUUCAAGACACACCAAAACAUCAGAAGACAAGAGAAGCUGCAGGAAGCCAUCAGGACUACACGUGGCAGUCCCGGUACAAAAGCAUACCAACCUAUUUCCAUCUAAUCCUUCUUUCUUCGUUUGGAGCUUCUACUCGAGUGGCAUUACGAGAGGCCACUUUUCUUUUCUUUUUUUUUCUUUUUUUCUCUCCAAGGCCCGUCUCCCUAAUGCACAAACGAAUAAGAAAUGGAGUAGAAGAUUACGGAUUUAUUAUGCAUGGUUACAAGUCAGCUACUACAAAACUAUCCAGUCUAUACAAUCAUACAAUACCUUUACUAACUCACCCAACUACGGAGUGAUGCACGUAAUUCAUCAUACUUCAAACAGUACUUUAUAUACUUCAACCAGUACUUUACAUACUUUAUAUACAACAGUACUUUAUAUACUUCAUGCACCUACCACUGUCACUAUAGCCGCCGAGUUAACUAAGAACUGGCUGGAGGUGUAUGGUUCUCGUCCUUGUGUUAAGACUAUACAUGUGACCUUUAUGAGCUUCCCUUUACAUUACACAGGGAGGCAAAGAAACACACUUCACUGCAUUUGGAGUGUAUAAGGAUCAAUACUCUCACCCUUACAAAAAGAAGAGAAAGAAAAAAAAAAGUUCAAAGGUCCACAUACAUUGCUUUUAGUGACGAAAUAGUGGCACCUUAAUUCCACUCUUCCAAAUGCACCCAUUACGACCCACGCAAAUGUACAGUGUCCUUUCUGAACCUCAAAAUGUAUCAUCCUCUUUUUUUUUUUUUUUUUUUUCCCCAGUUACAAAUCUACCUAAAGCUAAAGGUACCAAAAGAAUACAUAUGAUAAUGAUUCUAAGGUCUAAUAAAGGUCUUAAAAAGGUCUCCAAAAGGUCCAUUCCCUCACUCGCGUCUUGGAUAUUCUAAGCUUUUUUUUCACCCCUCCCCCCUCCCCUCUACCACGACCAGCCCAGCGCCCCUCCCCCACGCUCCUCCUGUGUGUGCGUGUGUGUGCGGUGGGCGUGGGUGGAGUGACAGGCGUGGCGGGUGUUAGCGUUUAAGGAAUCUGUGUCAAAUUAGUGUUAAGGGAAUGCUAAUGAGGGGGAGACGAGGUGAGGGGAGAUGAGGGGCUGUUGAGGGUUCAUCAGGUGUUUCUUGCCUAAUUAAACAGGUGGGGGAGAAUUGAGAUGAGUGACUAUAGGUGAAUGAUGAUGAUGAUGGUGAUGAUGAUGAUGAUGAUGAGUAAAAGGUCACGAUGGUAGAUUUAAAUAGAUGUGAUGAUGAUCUUGUGUCAUAUUUUGGGCUGAAUUCUGAAACGCUCUGCUCUCUCUCUCUCUCUCUCUCUCUCUCUCUCUCUCUCUCUCUCUCUCUCUCUCUCUCUC